AAAGUUAGAAUUACCAUAGAAUUAUCCAAGAAUAAGAGGGAAGAGGGAGGCAGGCAUGGCUGGGACCUCCUCCUCUGCUUCAUAUAGCUCCUUUGGCGACGUCUCCGUCAAGUCAACGGGGCCAUGCAUCAAGUUCCUGUGCAGCUACGGUGGCAAGAUACUCCCUCGUUACCCCGACGGCAAGCUCCGGUACGUCGGCGGCUACACCCGAGUCGUCGCCAUCGGCAGAUCCAUCUCUUUCUCAGAGCUGCAGGUGAAGCUGAGGGAGCUGUGCGGGUGGGGCGGCACGGUGAGCCUCCGGUGCCAGCUUCCGACCGAGGACCUCGACACCCUGGUCUCUGUCACCUCCGACGACGACCUAGCCGACCUCGUCGAAGAGUACGACGUCGCGAGCCGAGACCGGCCUUCCCCUCUCAAGAUCCGAGCCUUCCUCCUCCUCCUCCUCCUCCAAAACCAGUCCCACCAUCCCUCAGAACCGACUGCGUCCGCCAUGUCUUCGUGCACACGGGCUGGGAUCUUCGCCUCCACGGCCAUGGCAGCCCACGAGCAUCAAACUGUGUCGUGCGUCACGUCAGCCGCUUGCUGCCGCUGUCAUUUGGGGAAGAAGGAAGAACACAUCAAGCAGCAGGAUGUAGGUAUUAGAUACAGCUGCAGCGGUGCAUGAAGACAGGAGUGGGAGAACUUAAAUAGAGGCUAUAUUAUACAUUUACUUGUAUUUUUGUGAGAAAAUAUGUUGUAUUAAUAUUUGAUGUUGAUUUUUUUUAUAGUUUAUUUUAUUAUUAUUUGAUGUGGAAAGAGAAUCUGAGUUGAUUCAAACAGAUUGAUGCAAACGGGAAGAGAUUUCUCAUUACGGAUGAUUGAAGCAAAGACAGAAGCCAUCCAUAAAAAGAUGCCACAGUUACUGGCCAUUGUGGAUUGAGAAAAAGAAAUAGUCUCUUUUAAGUUCAAUCUCCCUCCAUAUUUAACUUGAACACAUUUUUUAAUGGGCUUGUCAAAUGAUAAAAGCUCAGGAUACUAAAAGCUAUGAAGCUUGAUAUACUUCUUCAUGAGCAUGAUCUCAGUAUCAUUGCAGAUCAAAGAAGUAUAUGAUUAUUGUUGAU